GAGUUUGUGCUGUCGCGACUGUCAAACGAGGAAAAUUGUUGUGCGAGUUGGGAAAAUCAUCUGCGUCUGGAUGGUGAUGGCCGGAAAUCAGCCUAAACUGUCCUGAAUGUGUUUGUAAAUUAUUGAAAAGUAGCGAUCGGAAGUCAUAUAACACAGCAUAUUGAACAGAUAGUGGAAUAAAAUCUUAUAAAGCAGGAUAUACAACCCCCUGCCAAGUGUAAGGAUGCGACUCAAAGGAGGUCGAAAUAUGACGAUGUCUUAGCUUGCGGCUGUGGAGUGUGAUUUAACAUUAUCACCUAACUCUCGCCAUAAGCUGUCAGCAGAAAAGAUUCACUUUUCAGCACCGUGAGAACGGCGACAUACUUUAAAAAUAGCGCCGAUAUGCCGGAACAUCUGGAACUGCAACAACUAGUAGGUGGUGUGCUGCAGGGAGGCGCACGGCAUCGGUCACUGUCAUGGCUUCAAUGUUCGUGUCCGUAUCUAGGCAUCAUUCUUGCCACCGUAUCUUCUCUUUUUUUUUCGCUCUGCUCGGUGAUCGUCAAAGGCCUGGUGGAUGUGAAUCCAAUCGAACUGGCCACCUUCAGAUUCAUUGGAGUCCUUCUUCCUUCGAUCCCGAUAGCUAUCUACAAAGAGGAAAGUUUUUUCCCUAGAGGUAAGCGUAUUAUUUUGGUGUUGCGAUGCUUCGUUGGAACGACGGGAUUAAUGCUCAGUUUCUAUGCGUUCCGCCAUAUGCCCCUGGCGGACGCUUCGGUAAUAAUAUUUUCUACACCAGUGUUCGUAGCUAUUUUCGCACGAUUAUUUCUACGAGAAACUUGUGGUAUGUUUAAUGUGAUAACGAUAAUACUUACGCUCAUAGGAGUAGUGUUAAUUACGAGACCACCAUUUCUGUUUGAAGAUAGUGUGCAUAAUCUAGAUGAAGAGCAAGUCAUCGAAUCAAAUUACGAUGUAUGGGGUCCUGUAGCGGCACUUUCGUCUACGCUAUUCGGGGCUAACGCGUAUGUCCUGUUGCGAGCGCUCAAAGGGCUGCAUUUUUCCGUGAUAAUGACAAACUUUGGUGCCUUUGCACUGGUUUAUACACUGAUUGUUUGCUAUUAUCUGGGUGCCCUUUGCUGGCCCCUGUGUGGAUCUGAUCGAAUCUUGGUGAUAGCUCUGGCUUUGUUUAGCUUCGGGGGACAAAUACUACUUACCCUGGCAUUACAGUACGAACAAGCUGGACCUGUUGCCAUUGCGCGAUCGGCAGACAUUGUAUUUGCCUUCAUCUGGCAAAUAAUGUUUUUCAAAGAGACUCCCAAUGUGUACUCGGUGUUGGGGGCACUAUUGGUGGUGAGCUCAGUUGCUUUAUCGGGAAUGCGGAAAUGGGCUCUUGCGCUGCCAAGAGACUCGGACUUGAGAAAACGCUUAAAAUUUUUGUUUUUAGAUUAAGUCAAAAAGAGUACUAUUUAUACCCCAUACUAGCCUAUAGUGUUCAAUGAACACGGAAGAAAUACACUGAAUUUGUAUGUACACAAUAAAAUCAAACUAAUUGCUAUUACUCAUGAGGCGACGAUAUGAUUAGUUUUCAAUAAGAUCUUUUUAUUCAUAAUAUUAGAAAUAUAGCCCGAAUGUUUGCAGUUUCUGGGCUAAGGAAACAUCUGGAAUUGUGCUUGCUCAAGUUAGUGAAGAGCACAAUAGAGACAGAGUAAUGGAGAUUAUUUUAUUAAUCAUCUUAUACAGUUAACCAAAGCACAUGGUGGUACCUGGUAACAUCUGGUAUUUCUGUUAAUGCAUCUGUUAAUAAUCCAUCAAUACAUCAUACCAACCAUUCGAUCGCAAGUUGUUCCGUAUGUGACUGGCAAUUCACACAUAUUUUCACUGAUUACCUUCAACCUUUGCUGUUGGCCGAGCAUUUAUCAUAUUAUUGAACAUCAUCCAACCUAUUGAAGGGAAAUGAAACCAUUCAAUAGAAUCAAUAGAAACAGUCUAUUCUGGAUUGUUCCAUAAAAUCAUGCGACCAAACCACAACAACAAAACAUUCGUCUGGGCAUUUCCUCGUAAUAUAUUCCUUUAGCAAACGAAUUUGUCCAUUCUUCGUACUAAAAAGCACCCUGUAUUUUAUGUAAACUCGCUAACCGUUUAGAUAGAAUUUCACAUGAAUACUCGACUUGUGCCACCCUAAAAAUAUGAUAUAAGAAGUAAUACAAAGAGGAAUGUCACUGGAGCGUGUGAUAGCAUCCAUGAACGAAGACGCGAUGUAAUGUCCAAGGAAUUAAUAAUUGUAACAUUUGCCGACCGACCAAAAGAUUUGUUUUUAUUCUCUCAUAAAAAAACCGUUAAGUUUGUAACCAAAAGUAUCAGAAGCAAAACAUGAUAAUUGCCUAUCAGUUCAGUCCAAUUUCUCGUUGCCGAAGAUGUGAUUACCAAUUGAUCUCUUGGGUUUCAUCGUCUCCUAGCACCUGGAGUGAAAAAAUACGCUUAUUUGAAACAAACAAAUCAUUUUGUUAAAAGUCAUCGCUGAUAAGUAUUAUUAUUUAACUAAAAUGAUAAUUUGGUAUCUAUUGAUGCUUAGGCGUGAUAUGAUGUAAAUUGUAAUAAUAUUGUAAUAAUAUCAAAAUCACACCUGUCGAACAUGCAAUGUUGAUGGAGAGUUUUGUUUCACUAGAAAAUAAUGAGAAAGGUUCCAAAAAUGACAAACUAGCGAGUUCCGCUUGUGGAUAUCGCUUGCACUAAAAAAAUGGACAAAUUCCACUAAUUAACACCUGGUGAUGGGAUCACUUGGGUAUCGUAUCGUCAAUCCAAGUAACCCAUGAGUUUUCAAAAAAAAAAUUGACAGCGCUAUUAGUUGAACUACGUAAGUUAUGUUAAAGCAAUUAUUUCCAGUGUAUUAUUUUUUUUUCUUUUUUCUUAUUAUAUUAUGUUUUUGAGUAAAAUCUUUUUUAUUGAAGACCAAAAUUUUGUGAGUAUAUAAAUAGUAGCGGUUGGAUCUUUGGUUGAGAACACAGUUACUAAUGAAAAUUUUAUUUCUAGGUUUGAAGUCAGCGCCUGCUGCAUGGAUAUUCAAAUUCAAAUUCUGCACGCUAAUAUUAUCUUACGCUAAUACUCCUCCUCGUGCUAAUCUUGAAUUACUCCCAUUUGGCUUCGUAAAUCCUCCAAACGGACUCGUUGCAGUGGCUUCGUCAACAUGUCAGCUAACAUCGAUUCCGAAAGGCAGUACUGCAGGUUGAUUAGCUGUUGCUGAUGGAGAUCGCGAACGAAAAAGAAUUUCGUUUCAAUGUGUUUCGUCCUUCGCUCCAAACGCUCGCAUUCGAUUACCUUGAUGCAGCUCUGGUUGCCUUCGUAUACUGAAAUUGGCUGGGUUGAAGACUCGCCGAUUUCAUCCAUCAAUCGCUUCGUCCAGAUAAGCUCUUGGCAUCCCUCUGCAAGUGCAACCAAUUCGGCUUCAGUUGUGCUGAGGGCCACACACUUUCUGAAACCCCACUGGAUCAGGCCUCCUCCGGACAUGAUCAAAUUCCCAGAUUUAGACUUCCGGUCCCGCUGGUCUCCUGCCCAAUCCGCGUCAGCGUAUAGCGACAAGCCAUCGCUGUUGCAUCCCAGUGCCAGCUUGAGGUGACUGCUUGUUGCUAGAUAUCGCAGCACUCGCUUAGCUUCAUUCCAGUAUUGUUGGUUUUCUGGAUUUCUGCGCCUGGAUCGUCGUGCUUACUGCAAUAUCCGGACGAGUGUGCAGUGCCACGUAAAGCAAUCCUCCAAUAAAGCUAAUGAAUUGGUGGUUAUUCGGUAGCUGGUCAUGCUCCUCCUCCUUCAGCUGCAAAUAGCCUGGGUCGAUGGAAACCUUCGACGAUUUGGCAUUUUUCAAGCUGAACCUCUUGACUAGCUUGUUGAUGUAAGCCUGUUGGUUCAAUUUGAAGCCAUUCUGUCCACGUUCUACCUCCAUACCCAAGAAAUGAUGAAGACCUCCCAGGUUGGUAACGGCGAACUGUUGCUCUAGGUAUCCCAAGAUGGAGCGGAACUCAUCCUCUGACUGCGCGACGAUGACCAUAUCAUCCACGUAGAUUAGGAUGUACGUGAAUGCUCCUCCUUUCUUCCGGAUGUAUAGGCAUGGAUCUACCUUCGACUGGAUAAACCCUAUGGCCUUGAAGAAAGAAUCCACCUUCUUGUUCCAUACUCGCGCUGACUGUUUGAGUCCGUAUAGGCUCCUCCUCAAGCGGCAUACGGUACCCUCAUAUCCGGUAUGGAAACCAUCGGGUUGGCGCAUAUAGAUGACUUCAUCCAGCUCUCCGUUAAGAUACGCCGUCUUGACAUCCACGUGCUUCACAGUCAGAUUCUUCCGGGCAGCGACGGUUAGCAACGUGCGAAACGUGACUUGCUUCGCCACAGGUGCGAAAACUUCGUCGUAACCGACACCAAACUUCUGGGUGAAGCCUUGCGCCACGAUCCUGGCCUCGUGCCGCACGAUGUUGCCCUUUUCGUCCUCCUUGGUUUUAAACAGCCACUUGCAACCAAUUGCACGCUCACCGGGGGUAGAUCGACGAGCUCCCAUGUGUUGUUCCUCACUAACGCUUGAUAUUCUUCGAUCAUUGCAGCUUUCCAAAGUUCGGCGUCUGCGAAUUGUAACGCCUCCUUGAAACUACGGGGGUCACUUGCGGCUAGCGAGACAGUUGCCCUUCUUCAUAGGUUGCUGCUCCGAUGCGGUAGUCGAUGCCGAUCCAGACGACGAACCAACCGUUGGCUGAACGUUGCGCUGGCCUGAAAAUUGGUAGGACGGUAGGCCUUUGCUCGGAAUAUAAUAAUCAAGGUACUUGCCUGGUAAUGCGCGCUCCCUUCCGCUGCGCCUCAACACCUGUGACUCGGGUGACAUCGACGACAUCUGCUUGUGCUUCUUCGAAAUCCAAGGACACGAAUGUACGCACCUGCGUUGGCUUCCUCACUGGAGCUGAUACGGUAUCGGAUGGUUCGUGGGAUUGUUCACUAAUGAAAACGACAUCCCGACUCUUGAAAACCUUCUUCGUGGCGGUAUCAUACAAGCGGUAUGCCUUAGUAUCUUCAUCGAAACCCACGAGAAUCGAUUCCUUGGACUUGGCAUCCCAUUUGCGCCGUUUUUGCUUGGGAAUGUGUGCCAUCACCUUGGCACCAAUCACACGGAUGUGUGACAAAUCCGGCUUAAGGCCACUCCAAGUCUCCUCCGGUGUUUGCUUGUGCCCUUUGGUCGGGGAACGGUUGACCAAGUACGUUGCAGCUGCCACCGCUUCGGCCCAGAAUGCCUUCGGUAGCUUCAAACAAUAUGCAUCGAGCCCGCUCGACGAUGGUGCGAUUAACUCGCUCGGCCAGACCGUUUUGCUCCGGGGUAAACUCCGUUGACGUCUGGUGCCGGAUGCCCAAUACUCUCAGCCGGUUCUGGAAAGACUUAUUGGUGUAUUCCUUACCAUUGUCUGUCCGAAGAAUUUUCAAUUUGCAUCCGGUUUGCCGCUCUGCGAGACUGUGGUAGUGGAUGAACGCUCGCAGCACCUCGGCUUCGGACUUGGUCUCCAGAAAAUAGAUGGAAAUUCGUCUCGUCUUAUCGUCGGUGAAGGACACGUAGUAUCGACUUCCGCCCAACGAUGUCUCCUCCAUCGGACCACAAAUGUUUGAAUGGACGACCUCCAGCACUUGACCUGCACGAUGUCCCUCCUUAGGAAAAGGUAGACGGGACUGUUUUCCCAUCGCACAGACGACACAAUUUCCACAAGUCGUUUCAUCGAACUGUAUACCAGAAUCUAGAUCACCUUUCAGCUACUUCAGGCUGCCUACAUUCAGGUGACCCAUUCUCCUGUGCCACGUGUCGAUAUUGCUUGAUGUGCAUGCCAGUGACGUUGCUAUAGUCUUUUUCGCUUCGAACCGAAACAGCCCUUUCUCGAUGUCAUGGCAACCCGUUGCCAUGACGACGCCCGAUGGGUCGAUCACCUUGACUCCGGUUAGAGAAAAUCGCACCACGUGUCCACGGCGAACGAUUUGACUUACCGAAAGAAGGUUGUUGGACAUUUCGGGGAUGAAUUUCACGCCGUUGACUUCUAUCGGUGGUCUUUCGGGAGUACACUUCGCAUCUAGCUUGCCCAGGCCAAUCGCAACGAUAUUCAUCGUCACUUUGUCUGCUGCUAUAACUACAACGCGUGCAUCCCUCGUGUUCACCAGAAGUUUUCGGUUGUUACUGAAAUGAUCCGACGCUCCUGAAUCAAAAUACCAAGCUUCGUCAUCCGCACCGUUGUUAGUCGAUAACACGGCACUAAACGCUGAUCCUCGUUGAUUCGCUGGACAUUCUCGGGCGAUGUGGCCAAACUUCUUGCACCGCUUGCAUUUGGGUCCCUUGGGCUGCUCUGCUGACCUGCCUUUGGCUGCGCUUGCUUCUUCCUCAGUUGAGGUGUCCUUUUCCCAAAAAAUGCGGUUCGGUCGGUUUGUGUUUGCACUUCUUGUAGCAAUUUCGUUUUGAUGCUGUCCCCUGUAAUCGCAGUCCCAGAGCUUUCCAAUGCCAUUAUCAUGGGUUUGUACUCGUCCGGUAGACCUGCUAACAGCAACGUUCCGAUCCAUUCCUCAGAGAUAUCAAAUCCAACUCCUCGAAGCUGGUGGGUGGUGGAAAUGAUCUGGGUGACGUACUGGUCCACAGAAUCGCAUGCGGCCAUCGUUGUGGUGAUGAGCUUUCGCAGGAGUCCUACUCGUCGAGUCAAACCGGUGUCUUCAAACGCUGCUUCCAGUUUCGCCCAACACUCACGUGCCGUUCUUGCGUCCUUCACGUGAACGUAGUUGAUCGGAUCAAGUAGAAGGAUGAUUUUCGCACGCGUUUCCCUAUCCUUCCGUUGGUCGACGGCUGGGAAAGUUCCAUCAGCAUUCGCUAUCGGCUUCACCGCAUCCCACAGGUCCUCAAGCUCCAAAAAUGUUUCCACCGCAAAUUUCCAAGUUGCCCAAUUGUCGCGACCAGUCAGGCGUUCUAUGGACGGUAGGGUUGACAAAUUUUGAACUUGAGCUGCUGCUGGUACCGGUGCUGGUUCGCCGCAUCCGCUUCCUCCUGAGUUACUACCUCCAGUCGACAUUUUUUCUUCACUAUUCUCGAACUUUCUUCAGUUUUCCGCUGGGCCCAUAACCUCUCGGAUAGAGCCGAAGAACAAACUACUGCUUUGGUUGAGAACACAGUUACUAAUGAAAAUUUUAUUUCUAGGUUGAAAGUCAGCGCCUGCUGCGCAUGGAUAUUCAAAUUCAAAUUCUGCACGCUAAUAUUAUCUUACGCUAAUAGUUUUAGCCAUUUGGUUGGAACAUAAAUUUGAAAUCAAUAAUGGAACAUUAUAGGUAGAUCUGAUUAGGAAAAAUAUCCAAACCCCGAAACAUUGCCAGAAUAUUCGAUUGGCACCCACUUCGAAAUCUAUGCUGAACUAUGUAGUGCAGAAAUCCAGCCGUUCAUAAAAUUUGGGUUGCAGGAAGAGCUCUUGCGUUUCAUACCCGUGGCUUCUACUUCGGUACUAUGGCACUCGAUGUUUGAGCUCUCUGAAACCGCCAAAAAUCUCCUGUGCUCGCGAAAAGACAUAAGUUGUCAUCUCCGAAGUAUUUUCAUCGCAUGGAUCGGCCAAGAAAUAUCUAUAUAAAUAAAAAUGGAAAAAAUCCUUUGUGAGAGAUCGGAUCCCUUCUUAAGAAUAAGAUGAAAUGUAAAUACAUAUUAGAUAUAAGAUAGGUUUAAGAGUUGAGUGUGAUGAGUGUGAUUGAGAGUGUUAGUGUGAUCAUUGUCAACAUAUCCUCAUAUCCCCUCCUUUUCCUGAAGAAAAUAUGUCACCCUCCUAAACUCGAGUUGACCGCGAGUAAUCGGUUUCCUAUAUUAUUAACAUUAGAAUUAAGGAAAAAUGUAUAUAUACUAGUAACAAUACAGUAAGGAGUUCGGCUCCUUUAAACCUAUGUAACUGAGCCUGUAAAAAUAAACGAUUUAAAUAAUAAAAAUGGAAAACCAAAUGUGUUGCUAAACGCAAAACCCAAAGAAGGAAUGGUCCGAUUUGAUCCGUCUUUAUUUUGUUGUAUUUGUCUCUGCCCAUAGAUCAGUAAAGUGGAUAGAAAAAUCGGAAAAUUUCCGGAAAACUCUAAAGGAAGGUCGGGAAAUUCGGAAAAUAAAUUCCCAUCUGUUCGAAAUAAUGAAUGCGAAAUAACGCAUUCCUACACUGAGAGUUCGACGGCGCCAGUGGUUGUAUGGUUAGCGUAACAGCCUCACAAUCCGAUCGGCCUGGGUUCAAUCCCAGCUGGCGUCGUUGGGAUUUUCUGAGGCGAAAAAUCUCUGGUUACGUCUUCCUUCGGAGCGGAAGUAAAAGAAGUUGGCCCGGCUCAUGAGUUGUUGAGUCUGAUAGGUAGGAACAGGUGGAGUCGCCUCCCUGAUGUCGGUGAUUGGCACUAAAGUGGCGGAAAUAGGCCGACGAAAAAUAAGCGAAGAUAAAAAAAA